AUGGAUGUGAUUGAUAUCAGUAUGUCAGUAAUUGAGAUCAACGAUAAAUCGGAGGAUGAGUGAGUUUCGAAGCGUUAUUUUCGCUCUGAAAUAUAUUUUCAGACCUUCCUCUUGUGGAUGCCGUUCAAAAUGUUCGGCUGAAGUUCCAUACUACACCGAAAAAAUUCAAGUAUUUUCCCCAAGAAUCGCGGCCCUGAUCUAUACAAUCACCCAAAAAUCGAGAAGAUUCCCGAAAUCUGAAGUUUUACUCUGGGCUCACAAAACCCAAGUCGACCCCGAAAUCGAGCAUAAAAUCAAGGCGAUUCACGAUUUCGCAAUGUGCCCAAAAAUCUUGGAAUAUGUGGGGAAAUUCGAGAAUUGGAAGGAGGCUGUGAAGAAAGUUGAGGAGAGAUUGGAGAAGAUUGAAGAGGAUCAAGAGGUCAGGAUUCAAAAUAAAAUCUCACAAUCAAAAAUGAAUAUUUUUUUGCAGUUAAUCGAAAUCAUCGUGAAAUCUUCUCUCACUUCUUGUUACGGAAACAAUACGCAUUAUAUUAAAGUGAGAAAAACUGACACAAUCAAAUCAGUGAAAUCACGAUGUAUUGGAUUUUAUUGUGAUAUUCCAAAAAUGACAAUGGGGUUUGAUGGAAUUCCAUUGGAAGAUGGUGAAACUAUCGAUUAUUAUGGGGUGAGUUAAUUAAUUAAAAUAUUUACAUUAGAAACAUUUUGAUUUUUUACAGAUGGAAAAUGGAUCAGAAGUCCAGAUUAUUCCCCGUUUGUCGCGUAAUUCUGAAUGUUUUUAUUAUAAUGAUUGA